CUUCAUUCACUGAGUUACAUGACACAACAUAUGAUGCUGAAGUGUUUACGUUAGUUUGCGUUUGCGACGAUUUGAAAACACUUCCUUGGACAACCGUGAAUUUUUAAAAUAGUCCUGCCACACUAUAUUUCCUCCAACAAGUGUCGUUAAUAAAUCACGGCGAUGGCAAAGUCAGGCGACAAGUUUCGUCAAAUGGAGGACGAAAUGAGCAGAUUUGAGGCCGAAAUCUCGGGCACUGUGAUGGGAUACAACAGUUUUAAUCUGCCUGGCUUUGGUAAUAUUCCUCCACCACCAAUGCCACCAUUAUUAGUGCCAAACUCAGUUCGUAGCAAACGAGAAUAUGUUGCUCCAGCUAUGAUAUCCGCCCAGCCGGCAGUUGUGAGUGCAAAACCGGCACUAUACUCUAAACCUAAACAACCUACUGUGUCUGCACCGGUUGCUGUGAUGCCUAUGCCGAAAAUAAUUCACCAACCACAGUCAAGCAUUGAUCUCAUGACAAUCCAGAAUGAAGUAGAGAAGAAACUGAAGAAGUUAAAGAAUGAAAAAGUCAGUGCAGAGUUGGCUAUAUCACAAGGCAAAGCAUCUAGUGCCCUGCAAUCUUUUGGCCCAGAGGAACACAAGAGAAGAAGUAAAAACAGGAAGUUAAUGAGAACUGCAGGUGGCACAACAUGGGAGGAUCACACAUUAAGCGACUGGAUUGAUGAUGAUUUUCGUAUUUUCUGCGGUGAUCUUGGUAAUGAUGUGACAGACGAGUUAUUAACACGGACAUUCAAUAAAUUCCCAUCGUUUCUCAAAGCGAAAGUUAUCAGAGACAAGCGAACGAAUAAAAGCAAAGGGUAUGGGUUUGUCAGCUUCAAAGAACCCGGAGAUUUUACAAAAGCAAUGAAAGAAAUGAAUGGGAGAUAUGUGGGAAGUCGUCCAAUUAAACUACGAAAGAGUUCCUGGAAGAAUCGCAGCAUAGACGUGGUGCGUAAAAAGGAAAAAGAGAAGCAGACUUUGCUUUCGAUGCUCGCAUCAGGCAGCAAGUAGACUAGAUAAUUUAGGUUUUAUCUCAAAUUGAAUAAAUGUGUAUUGAUAAUUAAGAA